GCGCGGACACACAGAGCCGCGAGCUGGGGACGGCGGUUCCCGAGACGCGCGCGACCACCUUCCAUUCGCUGCUCCGUGGAACCUUCGCGUUCACCUAGACCGUGUCUCCUGAACACAACAUCUGGAGAAGAACUUUUUUCUUUGAGGACGAUUCUUAGAAUCUCUGGAGUAACAAACAGAGAAAUCAGUUCAAAGAAAAAACGGAGUUUCCACUCGCAAUUAGAAGAGAAGCGCAGGACGUGUCGUUUUGGAACAACGGGAGAAAAUCCGUGUCGGUGAUCACGUUGGAGCUUUUGGAACCACUUUACGCACUGGGAUCAUACGGACCUCGUCGUUUCCCUUGGUACAGAUGAAGGCGUUGUGUGGCUCGCUGGAAGCUGCUUUGACCCCUCACAGGAUGCUCCAGAGGGACUGGUAACUCACCAAGGUGCUCGUGAAUCUCUGGGUCGACUGAUGCAGCCACGGGCCCAUCGUUGGAUCUUUAAAAGCAACCCCGGAUCUUCACCUCUUUUUCCUCUGCCCCACACUGCUGGAAGACGAGUCCUCUGAAGCCAGAAACCAACUACCGACCUAUGAAACCUUCUCCUUCCCUUCGUCCACGCACCAUGACAAGCCUUGUAGUUUGGAAUCCUGGCCAAUCCCGGUGGUCCCUCCCAGUGCUGCUCUUGUACUUUUGCCCUCUGCUCCUGAUGCAGGGCUGUUGCCAUGCAGCCCCCUCGGGCCCAGAGUCUGACUCCUGCUCCACGUUAGUCCAGAGCCGCUUUUUUGGCUACUUCCUGUCAUCAUCGGUGUUCCCCAGCAUGCCUUGCUCCUGGACCCUGCAGAACCCUGAUCCGCGGCGCUACACUGUCUUCAUUAAGAUCACAAAACCCACAGAGUUCUGCGUGCCGUCCCAGCUCCGCAUCUUUCAGUAUGAGUCCUUCCUUGAGACCACGCGUACCUACCUGGGCAUGGAGAGCUUCGACGAGGUAGUGAGACUGUGCGACUCCUCUGCCCCGGUUGCCUUCCUCGAGGCAGGGAAGCAGUUCCUCCAAAUGAGGAAGGGACCACCUCGGGUGGGUACGGCCAUCCUGGAUGGCAAUAGGGAUUUCAAAACUGAGUACCUGGUGGUGGGAAAGCGCAACCCCAGCAUGGCGGCCUGUCAGAUGCUGUGCCAGUGGCUGGAGGACUGUCUGACCUCCAGCACUUCCAACCGGCCCUGUGGGAUCAUGCAGACUCCAUGUUUGUGCUGGGAGCCCCCGCCUCAGCUCAGCCAGGGAGAUAGCUGUUAUCACAAUGGAGUUUACCUCGAAAACUGUUUACCCAGCGCGAAGGAGGGUGGAAAAAACGUUGAGAUUAAUGGGGGCUGGAGUGUGUGGGGUCAGUGGGCAGAGUGCAGCAGCCAGUGCGGAGGUGGGAUUCAAACCCGCACCCGGACAUGCCAGUCGCCUGCGGAGGAGUCAUACCAGUGUGAGGGGGUGUUGGAGGAGGGUCGGCCCUGCAACUCCCAGCCCUGCAACACCGGCAAAGGUCGCCAUCUCUCCCGCAGCCAAUCGCUUCGCUCAGUGGACAGCCGCAAGCGUGACGACGUAGACAAGCCCCGCAGUGGACAGCAGAGCCCUCAGACAGUAGACUCAGCUUCAGGUGAGGAGUGGUCAGCGUGGAGUGUGUGUUCUGCCACGUGUGGGGAGGGCUGGCAGAGUCGCACUCGUUUCUGUGUGUCCUUCUCCUACAGCACCCAGUGUAGUGGGCCACUGCGCGAGCAGAGACCUUGCAACAACUCUGCCGUUUGUCCAGUGCACGGCGCUUGGGACGAGUGGUCGCCAUGGAGUUUGUGUUCUUCGACUUGUGGCCGAGGUUUCAGGGCCCGAACAAGAACCUGUGCUCCCCCACAGUUUGGGGGAGAUCCCUGCGAUGGCCCAGCGCAACAGACCAAAUUCUGCAACAUAGCUGUGUGUCCAGUGGAUGGAGUAUGGAAUGAGUGGUCCAGCUGGAGCUCCUGCUCCGCCUCCUGCUCCAACGGGACCACGCAGAGGACCAGAGAGUGUAACGGCCCCUCGUACGGAGGCUCCGAGUGCAGGGGAGAAUGGCUGGAGACGGUUGACUGCUUCCUGGGGGAGUGUCCCGUGGAGGGCAAGUGGCAGCCGUGGUCCCUGUGGUCUGGCUGCUCUAAAACCUGCGGAGGGGGGAGCCAGCAGAGGAACAGGAUUUGUUAUGGGCCCUUUUUUGGAGGCCAGGCCUGUCCCGGAGAGCGAGACGAGGUCCGCAGCUGUAAUGAAAAGAGAUGCCCAGAACCUCAUGAAAUAUGCAGCGAGGACAACUUCUCCAAUGUGGUGUGGAAGAUGACUCCAGCGGGCGACACAGCGGCCGUGCGCUGUCCUCCCAACGCCGUGGGGCUCAUUCUGCGCCGCUGCACCCUGGAUGAAGAGGGCCUUGCCUACUGGGAGAAUCCCACCUACAUGAAGUGCGUCUCCAACGACUAUCGGAGUAUACAAACUUCGACCCGGGAGCACCUGUCCAAAGCCCAGCGGGGCCUCGUGGGAGAUGGCGUCUCAGACGUGAUGAACAAGCUGAAGGUGACGUCCAGCGACGGGACCAGCUACAGCGGGGACCUCCUGGCCAUUGUGGACGUGCUGAAGAACAUGACGGAGAUCUUCAGGAGGGCCUACUACAGUCCCAGCAGUGCAGACAUGAGGAACUUUGUGCAGUCAGUCAGCAAUCUGUUGAUGGAGGAGAACAGGGAGAGAUGGGAGGAAGCACAACUGCUGGGGCCGAACAUCAAAGAGCUGUUCCGUCUGUUGGAGGACUUUGUGGAUGUCAUUGGCCUGAGGAUGAAAGACUUUCAGGACAUGUAUGAAGUCACCGAUAACCUAGUUUUGAGCGUGCACAAGCGUCCGGUGGUGGGGCACGCAGACAUCAGCUUCCCCAUGAAGGGCUGGAGGGGCAUGGUGGACUGGGCCCGCAGCUCGGAGGACAGAGUCACCAUCCCCAAGAACAUCCUGGCAACUGGCAAGCCAGACGCAGAUGAGUCCUCGACGUUUGUGACCGGCAUCGUCCUGUUCAGGAACCUGGGCAGCAUUCUGACUCUUCAGAGGAACAGCACGGUCCUCAACUCCAAGGUCCUCUCAGUGACCAUCAAGCCCAGCCCGGCUUCCCUCUCUGCUCCGGUUGUAGUGGAGUUUUCUCACCUGUACAACGGCACCACUAACCAGACCUGCUUAUCCUGGGAUGAGAGAGACGGCUCCUCUCUGCUGGGAUCCUGGUCUGCCAGGGGCUGCAAAGCCGUGCUCGUCGACUCAUUUCGAACCAAAUGCGUGUGUGACAGACUGUCCACCUUCGCCAUCUUAGCACGGCUCAACCCAGAGAUGAACAUGGAUAAGACACAGCUGCCAUCCGUGACGCUGAUCGUGGGCUGCGGAGUGUCGUCGCUUACCUUGUUGCUGCUCAUCAUCAUCUACGUGUCUGUCUGGAGAUACAUUCGGUCUGAGCGCUCGGUCAUCCUCAUUAACUUCUGCCUUUCCAUCAUCUCCUCUAAUGCUCUUAUUCUCAUCGGACAGACUCAGACACGCAAUAAGGUCCUGUGCACCCUGAUCGCCGCGUUCCUCCAUUUCUUCUUCCUGUCCUCGUUCUGCUGGGUCCUGACGGAGGCCUGGCAGUCGUACAUGGCCGUGACGGGUCGCCUCAGGAACCGCAUCAUACGCAAGCGCUUCCUGUGCCUCGGCUGGGGUCUCCCUGCACUGGUGGUGGCCGUCUCAGUGGGAUUCACCAAGGCGAAGGGAUACGGAACACCGAGCUACUGCUGGCUGUCUCUGGAAGGAGGUCUUCUCUAUGCAUUUGUUGGACCCGCUGCAGCUGUUGUCCUGGUUAACAUGGUUAUUGGGAUUCUCGUUUUUAACAAACUGGUGUCCAAAGACGGCAUUACAGAUAUGAAACUAAAGGAGAGGGCGGGUCAGAUGACAGUGCCACUGUACAAUAUGACGCUCAAAUGUGCCAAGUGCGGAGUUAUCUCUUCGGCCGACGUUUCCACCACAGCUACCAGUAACGCCAUGGCGUCACUGUGGAGCUCCUGUGUGGUUUUGCCCCUACUGGCUCUCACCUGGAUGUCAGCCGUCCUGGCCAUCACGGACCGGCGCUCUGCACUUUUCCAGAUCCUCUUUGCGGUCUUUGAUUCUCUGGAGGGCUUCGUCAUUGUCAUGGUGCACUGCAUCCUGCGCAGAGAGGUCCAGGAGGCGGUGAAGUGCCGCGUGGUGGAUCGCCAGGAGGACGCCAAUGGAGAUUCAGGAGGAUCUUUCCAGAAUGGCCACGCUCAGCUCAUGACUGACUUUGAGAAAGAUGUGGACAUAGCCUGCAGAUCAGGAACUAUGAAGCGCUCCUCUCUCCAGGGAGAGGAGAAGGCCUCCUCCGGGACCCUCACCCUUCAGAAGGGUUCCAACUUUAACACCAUGCCGGCCAGCAUGGCAAAGGUUCACCUCCAGAAUGUGUCAGACUACACCAGCCACACUCUGACUCUGCGCCGGGACAAAGGCCCUGCCAAGGGAAUCAGUACAGAGCUGCCGGGCGCCAAAUCCAUCUACAUUUGCGAUGGCGAGCUCUUCAAGCAGCUGGAUGGAGAGCUUCCCCGAGGAAACGGCGAGGGCAGCAGCUCCGAGGGCACUGGCAAAUGCCCGGGCUACGUCAUCCUACCGACCAACAGCACAGGCACCCUGAAGCCGGCCAAGGGCAAAGAGGAGCCGACGGCCAAGUACAACAUCGGCAUUGAGCAGCUGCCUCAGACCAGGCUCAUUCACCUGGCCAACCCUGCCAACGGAGAGCCCGUGCCCGGCUUCGGCCUCAAGAGCCUCCCUGCCGAACAGAUCAGUGUGUCGUGCUCUGACAGAGACUCGCCUGCUCACAAUCCGCACAACAUGCCCAGAGACUCGCAGGGAGCCAACAGCAUGUGUGACGGGGCGGAUGCCGCUAACUCCGGGGUGAUGUCCAAGAGUGAGACCGUCUCCACGCUGUCCAUGAGCUCACUGGAGAGACGAAAAUCACGCUAUGCAGAGCUUGACUUUGAGAAGAUUAUGCACACCCGGAAACGCCACCAGGACAUGUUUCAGGACCUGAACAGGAAGAUUCACAGUGCAGACAAGGAUAGAGAAUCUCCACCUGUUGACGCCAAAGCUGCCAAAAGAUGGAGUGUGUCCUCUGCCAGCAGCGACAAGACCAACAUGAGUGACAAGCAGCAGACCCCCAGUAAGAGAGCGUGGGAGGGCAUCAGGAAGACCCAUUCCCCCCCUUCCUGGGUGAGGAAGGACCUAGAGACAGUGGCGGCGUCCCCUCUGGAGCUGCAGACAGUGGAGUGGGAGAAGACUAGUGCCACCAUUCCUCUGGUGGGCCAGGAGAUCAUGGACCUUCAGACGGAGGUGUGACCAAGAUCCCAACAACACACCCCCAACUCAGACGAACAAGCUGACACACCACACACUGCCCUGCUCUGGAUAUCCCACUGCGACAACAUGAGGGGGGAGACACCUCAAUUCAACCAAGUCUAGAGAGACGGAUAUUGUCUUUCUAUGGUGUUUCAUUUGAUGUUUAGACGGUGUGUCUGUCUACUAAAUACUGGUCAUCUUCUUGUGUGCUCUCAGACACCCAGUGGCUCAGAUCACCAUGGUAGCAGAUUCAGCUACUAUAUGUGCAUCAUAUAGCCAUGUAUUUAGCAGCCGGGCAUAGGUAAUAAUGCAACGUUUACCCCUGUAUUAAAUGAAAAACAGUGUAAUAACCAUGAUUAUGUCUCUUUUUUCCCCACUGUUGAGAGUAUCGUGUUGUCACUUUUCCGCUCUCCCUUUCUCAUGAUGGACGCUGUUUUGUACGGCUUGAGAUGCCUGUGGACUUAUUUUUUCUCUCCAACAUCCAUCUUAAAAGGGAAAAGGAAGGGACAGGGCUGACUGCCAAGCAUACACUCAUAUGGCGCUCAUUGCAGUAGCCACCACCCCUUCAACUCACCCCAAUUCUUCUGGCUCCAUUGCCUGAUCCCCGAGUCCCCGGCGGGGCCCCGCAGUGACAAGAGGGGUGUGUGGGGGGUAAGACUUUUUUUUUUUCCCUGAGCCAAAAUGGCAAUUUCCUUGUGAUUGACUGACACCUGCACAGACGCCAGAGACCGGCCGGCGGGCUUUGUGCUGCACGGGGCCCUUAACCUCAACACCUCCAACAGGGGGACACCAUGUGCACGGCGUCCAUAUAUCCACAAGGAUACAUGCUGUUUGAGUGGGAACCGUGGAGAACCAUGUAUAAGCAGGGACAGUAAAUGCAAAGUAUAUAGUCAAGAAAAAGAUGAAAUGAAAAUGAAUAAAUACAUAAAGAAAUAUGGUAUAGUUAAUGUAUGAUUGAGAGCAGAGAGUUCAUUGGAGGGAUGGUGGUUACACACAGAAAGCACAAGGCUCAUUUGGAGUCCUGAUGUACAGCAUUGUAAAUAUUUCAGAGAUCUACAGAAUGGAUUUUAGCCUAUAAAUAUCUUUCUUACUGUGCUUGACGAUAGUUGUUAUCAUUAUUAUAAAUAUGAACAUGAUUAUUCUGAUACGAUCCUCCCAUUCCCUCCUUGUACUUUCAGGGUAAAGGACUAAACAAGUGUUCUGUAUCACAAUGUAACAGUGUGUGUUUUGAUAUAACCGCCAGUCACCUCCUCAAAUCUGUAUUUGUUGAAACCCUGAACUAUGUGUCACUGAUCUGCUCCCCACCCGCCACACGCAGAUUCCCCUCCCACUCCCCCCCUUCUCCACUUUUUAAUUUACUGGGGUCUCCUCUUUGUUAAUGUACAGUUUUCAGAGCACAAAAUGAAUGUGUCUUAUUUCUAAUAAAAGCAUAUCUAUAUAAUAUAAUAAGACAAGUCCUUUUGUUUACGCUCACCUAAUGACAAAACCUGCGAUUUAACAUCAUACAGGCGGCAUUAUUUAAAAGCAGCAACUCCCUCAGUUAUUUAACUAAUAAAGCAGCACGUACAAGAAGUAGGCCAACAAAAGCUUUCAUUAGCCCCAAUAGGAUACCAGUCUCUUUAAAUAAUUUUAUUUUCAGUUUAUAUCGGCUGACCACUAUGUUACGCUCAAAGACAGUAGAACAUAAAUGCCAGCUCUACACACACUUGGACAUCAAAACAAGAACAAAGAAAAUUCAGUAAAAAGAAAGAAAACAGCAACAAAAAACAAAUAUAAUCCUCAUCCAUGAAAAACCUGAACAUGAAAUAUUUAAUGAAUAUUGUAAACCAGCUCUCCAGGAAACCCUUGGAACCC